CGGCAGAUGACAAACUCAAUCGUGAUCCAUGACUCGAAAGAGCGUGGCGAGACCAUAGCUUGUCUGGGAAGGCGUGCGGUCGCAGGAGCAGGACAUUUAAAAGGGCGAUACCAAACAGCCCACUGGCACUCAGUAACCCGCGACGCCACAACGAAAAAUCGCAGAGCCCCUCUCGAGUUUGCUACAGCUAUGGUCCACGCAGAGCUUUCGGUCGUCAGCUACAGGCCACUGGCCCGCUCGAAGGCCCAUUGGGCCCUCCAUCUGCAUAUUCUCGGCGGUAAUGAGUCGAAGCAGCACUUCAUCUAUCAAGCCAACGGCGAGCCUGGCGCGCUCGCCCUUGACGUCGUAGAGGCGAACCCGAUGCAGUCGCAGCGUUUCCGCGAAGAAAUUCUCGUCUGCGAAAUCGAUGGUGAGCGUGCCAUCGCCGAGGUCAAGGAGUGCCUGAGGCGGCAACCUAUGAGGAACGACAUCGUCACUUGGACCUGCCAGGACUGGGUCAUGGAGUCCCUCGAGACUCUCAAUGACGAGAUGCUCGUCGACGAAUAUCAAUAUGCUGAGGCAAAGGAGAAGCUCGAGACGGCAUAUCAUAACUGAAGGCUACUAUGCAUGAAUCGCAGCUUCGGAGUGUUCAAGAUUACAAUUUACUUGUACUACUAUACGUUGCUAGGAAAUGUCUUGUUCACGACACAGAAUACGAGAUGCUAGUUUUGUAUGUCUACGGUAGCGUGGUUCAUGUACCAUAUAAAGUGUAGAUUUGUAUUUGACUGUUUU